CUCGACGGUGUAGACGUCGGUGGUUACGUCGCGUUUGCGUCGCACGCAAUCCCGUCCGGGUCUACCGGAAGUGUAGUAGCGCGGCUCCGGCCUCCAAAAGUUCGAUCCCGCUUGGCCCAGCGCGACCUUUUAUCCGCCGUGCUCGCGGCUCGUCUACCUCGAGAGGUCUGCUGUGUGCCGGUGGUUGUUGUCCCCCGGGAGUCGCGUUUCGAAACCGGACGAUCGAACGCCGUCGCGGGGCUAGCCGUUCGAUCAUCGCGGCGAUACUCGUCGGUGAGUGGCGCGGAACGUCGCGGAACGCGACGAGGGGAGCGCUCUGCGUCGUGAGUGUGCCGCGCUCGCUCUCCCCGAGGACGUUCUACGCGGACGAGAGCGCGGCUUUAAGCUGCGCCCGGCGCGAUACCGGCGCCUGUAUUAAAGAGAGAUAUGCCCGAAGCGGGGACGGUGCGCGUCAACUGACAGCCGUGCAGCAGCGUCGUCGCAGCCGUGGUCGAUUGGCGGGCCGACGGGGACGCUUAUCCGGGCGGUGUGUGUCAGUGUGUGUGUAUCCUGACGACAGGAUAUCGUGAAGGGAUGCGAAGCUGCCGGGCUGGACACGUCGCGCACGUCGGCCGACGAGAGACGACGGCUCGUCGCGAGUGCGGCUCUGCGUUCUGCGCCAACCGCGACCGCCCGUGCAAGAUGUAGAGGUGCCACCGCGAGCAUCUUCGUCGCGAACGGUAGGCGACGACCGGUUCGUCGACUCUUCGCCCGCUCGUCCAUCCGUCCACCAACCAACCAACCAACCAACCAACCAACCAACUAAUCAACCAACCAACCUCUCCGUCAAUUUGUUCGUCGAAGCGAGUUCCUCUCGCUGAAAACGACGGUGAACUUUCUCGAGUGCGGUGAACGUCGUCGCCGUCGAGUAGCGCUGUUUCACCGUUGCUGCUGUCGGGGAACAGACGGGAGGCACGUCGCGGAGAGCAACCCCCGUCGUCGGCCGCUUGACACUCGUUUCCGCCGUGCGAUGUGCCAGUGAGGAACCGUGUGUUGUUGCCGUGCUGCACCCGACGACGACUCUCGCUCUCGUCGCGCCAGGAUGAUGACGAGAGGCCCUCGUCUGUCGGACGCGUUCGACUAGUCGUCACAGUGGAGUUCUGCUUAAUCGCAGCCUCGGGAGGGGGUGGUUCGAUGUUGGUCCCUCCCGUGGCCCAAAGUGCGACCGGGGAUCGUCCCGUGGGGGACACGGUGGCACGGGCCCAGCAGACGACCGGCCCUGCCGCUACGACGACCCUAUGGCCUUUGGCACCUGCGCAGCCCAAUCAGGUUCCCAAUCAGCAGACCCAGGGCAUACCGUCCCUAGCCGCUACGCCUGCGCCCGCUCACAAUCAAGGUGCGAGCCGCUACGGACUGUACUCGUUAUUCCCGGGGGGUGGCGGGGGCAGCUACGUCGCUGCCACCCCCGCCACCCCCGGUCCACCGGCGCCAGCGCGGGCUUAUCACGCGACGACUCACAAGGAACGUACAGUUUCAGAGAGCGUGUUUUCCGCGGCGGUGGGGGUGGGGGUGGGUGGCUACACCUGGGGCGCUCCCACGCCGCCGCCGGGAUCGCCCUACAGCCCGGUGCCCGUGGCGCAGCUGGAGCUGCUGGCGAAAAAUUUGGCGAACCUGGCGCCCGCGGGCCAACAGGCCUUGAGUCUGCAGGGUGUCGGUGUGAACGUGGGUAGCCUGCAUCACGCGCAGCAUACACAGCACACGCAGCACACACAGCACACCCUCAAUCUCACCGGGCUCCACCAUCUGCAUCAUGGUGGCCUCCACCAAAACGCGUUCUCGCCCCAGCUGUCCCUGGUGACCGGCAGCGCGCCGACGCUCACCAUCAACAGCUUCUCCUCGCCCAACUCGACCAACGGCGUCGUGCCCACCACCGGCGUUCUCCUGCAGGAGUACCAGUCGCCGACGGGGACGACGGCGUCGGCGGGAUGUACCGUCACCGUCAAUGGCCCUACGGGCCUGACCAGCAGCAUCUCGAGCAGCAGCAUGAUGGUGCACGGCGGCGGCAACAACCAAGUCUGCAGUCAGGCCGUUCAGGCCGCGACGAAGAAGCGGGAGGCUUUCCUUCCCAGCCAAGGCCAACCGGUGAAGCUGGAGAACAAAUCGACGAGGACGUCGUGUCUUUGCAGGAACAGCAACGGGAAGACAAAGAUAGUGCACUCGGACGUGGGGUGCAGCAGGACGCUACCUGUCGCGUCGUCCUGGAACGGGCAGGACGGUGCUGGUGCUAACAAUAGCGGUGCUAGCCUGGUGAAGAGGGAACCCUUAGCCUCGGUUCCCUGUCAAGUCGCGGAGGUUUCCACGUCCCUUCACGCCACCACCACCUCCGUCAAGAUCGAGCCCGUUCCACCCAAGUCCGAGAACGGAAUAGUGGUGUCCAACGCAGGAGCCGGUGGCAUACCGGUCGGCAUCGCCGUGGCGAGGCAGCGAUUGCAGCAUCAGGAGACUUCAACGUCUAUGCGCAAUGUGUCUUUAAGUCAUCACACGUCGCAUCACGCGAGCUAUCAUCAUUUCCAGCCCGACAGCCUCGGUUCCAGCACGGCCAUGGCGGUAGGCGGCACCACCCUGGUGCAGUGCGGAGGACCUGAUGGGGAGGAUCGUGCGGCCCACCUCGCCAUUCCCUCCGGGACGCUCGCGCCCUCACUGAACCUGAAUUCCAGUCUGAAUUCCAGCCUGAAUUCCACCCUGGGCAGCAUCGGCACAACGGCGACCGAUACGGCCGCUGCGUGGCCGCCUACGUUGUGGCAGUAUCCGGCUACGGCGGCUGCAGCGAUGCCAACGGAGCCGAUAAACUUCCCGCAGAUGGGAGUCGGUCUUCAGGGUGGCUUACAGCUUGUUCGCGAUCCGGCCAGCGGUCAUCUUCUUCUGAUUCAUGCUGCGGAACAAAUGCAACAAGCAGUAGUGUGGCCGAAUUAUGCGAAUCAUGGCGGUAAUGUUGCGCCACCUCCGCUUUUGCUGCCCCCGGCUCCACCUUCGAUUCAAGUACUCGGCGACAUCGGUGGCGCGAGACUGGUGCUCGCCGACAACAAGAGGAAGCCACCAAGCACGCUGCCGAUUGUCAAAAUCGAAGCAGAUUGCAGCAGCAGUCCAACCACCAUAAUAAGUACGUCCACGGAAUCGACCAAGGCGUUACAGGCCGUGACCUCCGUGACGGGCGCGUUGGUGCCGGAGGCACCUUUGGUCACCACCCUGCACUACUAUCCGCACGCGCCCGCUCUGGUGCAGAUUAGUCAACCCGAGCCUACGCACUGCAGGUCGCAGGCCACGUCGCCAGUCUCGUGUCUGACCCCCCCGCCGGAAGUGCCGACGGUUCACGCGAUCGAGCCGCCGUUAUACGGGGUGCAGGACGCCUCGAAUCAGACCGAGACGCCCGAGGACACCGAGGAGCAGCCUCCGCUUGUGAAGCAGGAGCAGAACCUGAGUCCUUGCCAAGUCGCGCAGUCAGGCACGAACAUGACCACCGCGAACUUCGAGAUCGUUGCGUCGCCGGAGAGGAUAUGCAACGUGGUGAGGAUCACGACGACCACGACCACGGUGAAUCCGAUCUGCGGCAUCGUCACCAAGGUGGACAAGGCGGAGAACACGAUCAUCAACAUGGCAGACUGCGCCAAGUACUCGGCUAAGGACUGCAUGAGCCUCAAAGGGAUCGAGCACGACAGAAUCAACGAGGAGGCCGGCAAAGAGGACAAGAUGAGCUGCAGGGAGGGCAGAAUCGGCGCCAGGAUCAUCGAGAUCACGGAGGAGAACUGUGAUAGCUUCCACGAGAACCUCGAGUUCUUUGCGAGGAGGAAAAACGUCAGCGCGAGCCAGCGCGAUCGUCGCGACAGUUACUCGUCGAAGGACGACGAGAACGUGAGAAAGGAUGUUAGUAUUCAGAACAGGGCGGAGAUCGAAUCGAGGAAGAACAGCAACAUUCCGGAAAGCAUCGGAGCCCAGCGUCAGACGGGCUCCAGGACAUCCGAGGCGCGGAUCUUCGACGAGUCGAAACCCAGUGUCGACUCGACGGAAUUGUCGGCCGCCAAUUGCGAGAGCUGCGACAAGAACCGAAGUACCUGCUCGAUCGGCGAGGCUCGGCCUCACAUCACGGUCAAGUCGUUCGACAUGCCCAACAUCGAUUGCGACGACCAGGAGGAACAACCGGUGGUCAUCAAGCAGGAGGCCGACGACAGCUGCUACGAGAUUUGUUAUGAGUCUCAAUGCGAGCCGACGUCCACCAGCGAGCGGCUUCGGUUGCAGGAGCCGCCCAAGCGACACUCGCUGGAGAAGUCUCACCCGGGCAUCGAGAAUGUAGUGGAGAAGCUGAAAAAGAAUGCCGCGGCUCUACAAGAAACCACGCCGCCGCCUCCGAAGGCCUCCGACGAGGAGGCCGCGGAAAGAUUGGCGGAGAGCGUAAAAUCGAGAAGGUAUUCCGAGACGAUCCCCAAGAAGCUGCAUAUCCUGCGAUCCUGUGCGAGUUCCUUGGAGGCCGUCGACACCGAGGUGUCCUCCUCGCAAAUAUCGUCGGACCAAAUGGACGACGACAGCCACUCCUUGGCCGGCAGCAAGUGCGACUCGUCCAAGGAGUGCCUGCUUAGCGACAACAACAACGACAGCAGAAGCAACAAUAAUAAUAUUAAGGCGCUCAUGGAAAAGAGACUCUUCGUCAAGAGCGAGAAGACUCUCUUCGAGAUUACUGGUCACAUUAAGCCCAAGACUAUCUGGAGCUGCGAGAUGCCAGUCGCCGAGGAGCUUCAUGCGACUCGCAAACCCGACCUCGUCGCCGAGAACGCGCCUUCAGAGCCGAGGUCCAGAAUGGCCAAGCAAAAGCCGAGCGACGUGAGCUUCGACGUGAGCGGUCUUGAACUGUUGUCAAACAGCAUCGAGCAGCUGGAGCAGGGAAUCGGUCAGUUGAAACACCCGCAAUUGGACGUGAGUAGUGCGGAAGAGCUACCGGCCAAGAGUAAAUUGUUAGGUCAGCAGGGCGAGAACAACAACAACAACAAGGUCAACAACUUCGUAUUUCUCUGCGCGUUGGCCGAAGAAACAUUACAGAAUAUGGAGGAGGUGAACGACGAGAUUCCUGAGAAGUUGAGCUUGGAAAGUUCGGAGGAAAUCUCGCAUGCCGGCAGAUUGUUGAUGAACUUGGGCAGGAAUGCUCAUCUCGAGAAGAACGGUAAGAGGAAAUAUCCUGAAAUCGAUAAUCACCAUUCCAAGCGAUUUAAGGUCGAUGAUCGUGAGGAGGAAGAAGAGGAGGAAGAAGACGAGGAAAACAAGGUUGGCAAGAAAGUGUCGUCGGAUUAUUACGAGGAAGGUGCGACAAGCAAGACUGUCGGAGCAGCCGACAAGCUGCAGGAAGAGGCCUUUUUGAAACUGAAAGACAAAACCGAGCGCGUCGACGACUUCUUAACGGAGAAUACUGAUAACGACGUCGAUGAAGAGGGAGAAGAGAAAGCUACCGUUGUGAAAGGGCACUCUCUCGACAUUGAAAAUCAUUACGCUAAUAGACGCGAACUCAUGAAAAAUCUCCAAGUUAUCGCGAACGAAACCGACAAGUCGCGCAGAUACGACGCGUGUUGCGAGAAGAACGCCAAAGAAGGCACGUCGUCAGACGCGAACGACGAGGUGUUCGAGGCGAACAGCCCUUCCGAACAAUCAAGCAGCUACGAAAUAGAGAAAAGGCAGUUGUCUAUCGAAGAGAGAGACUACAAGAAUACACGUGCGAAGUUAGAGGCGAAGAAAUUCGCAAUGAGGAAGGACAGUCGCGACAACGACGACUGGCCGAACAUGAACGCUAUGGAGCUGGACAUGAGGGCGAGGAUGGCCAAGCUACAAAAACAGUACCAGGAGAAGCGGAAGGAACUCGGCGAGCUGGAAAAGCUGAUUCCCAAGAAAGACGACAAAAAUAAACCCGGUAGGCCGCGAAAGAAGAGCCACUCCUCCAGUUCCGAGCACGGUCCACUGUCGUCGCCGCCCGCAUUUGAUAUCGCCUACUCUCCGCAAAAGUCACCGCCGAGACCACCAGCUUCACCAAGCAGCCCGCCUCCGCCCUUGACUUCAACCGUGCUGACCAUGCAGAGGUGCAACGUGAACCUCGUCAAGCUUGGCGAGCCCAAAAGCCACAUCAAACUUUUAGACAGUAUACCCAGCAUCCCGAUACCGCCAGUACCACCGGUUCCAUCGCCGGUCACGGUCUCACCGCCCGGCAAGCCGGAAGAUGACGAGAAGAUCGCGGGAAGGUUGGAUUACGAGACGUCAUCACCGGUGCUUACGAUCGCGAACUCAAGUUCCGCGUCUAAGAAGAGGAAGGUGGGUCGACCGAAGAAGUUCAUGUGCACCUCGGGCAGUACCAGACACCUGACGGAAACAAUCGUCGCGAAGAAACCCAAGAGCAAGAGCUCCCUGGUGGGAUACGUGUUGUCGUCGAAAAACAGGCAUCUACAAACGAAGCAGUAUAUAAGCAAAACCGGCUAUACACCGUUACCGUUCAAGUCUGGGGUGCUGCCUCUGAAGUCACAGGCCAAGUCACAGAAAAACGUGAAAACACGAACGAGGCAGGCGACAAAGCUAGCGAAGCAGACUCCCUUACACAACAAGAAUGUCAUCAGUUCGAUCAUCGCUGAGAAGGCAAAGCUGAGUCAAGAGGUCAAGCUUGAGAAGAGCAGCGCCAAAGUUAAACCGAAACUCAAAGCAGAGGUGGUGCUAAAACAAUGGGAAGACGAUGAAACGGAUACAGCAUUGCCUAAAGAUCCCGUGACUGAAAGAACCGUCGAGGCGACAUCGCUAGCAGAUUCACUGUCGAAGAGAGAGCUCCGACACGAGAGGUCGAAGAAGAAGAGGCGAAAGUCCAGCACGUCCUCGUCGAUCAGUCAUGACAAGAAAAAAUCCAAACGUUGCGCCACGAUAGACUGUCAAACAUACUUGGAAGACACGAUGGCGAAUCCAUGCAGAUUGACGGCCACGCAUUUAGCCACUGAUCAGCUGCGAGUUCUUCAGCUACGAGGCGGCCUAUUUUAUGCGGGUAGACUCUGCGCAGUGCAGCCACCCGACGUUUAUUCUAUAACUUUGGACGGUGAACGCGGAAAUAAGCCACAAUUCUACUCUACUGAGCAGAUUCUGAGAGACACGAUCGUAGAAGUAUUCCCGAGCUCGACCAAGGAACUGACGCCUGGCACAAGGUUAUGCGCGUACUGGAGCGAACAGUACAGGUGCUUGUACCCGGGGACCGCCGUAGAGCCGAUAGAACCUAACACGGACCAUGACGACAAGUAUGUCAGCGUAGAAUUCGAUGACGGUGACAGCGGUAGAAUCGACCUGAGCAAUAUACGACUGUUGCCUGCCGGCUAUCCCGUCAUAGAAUAUGAUCCGAAUCCCCUCCUCACGUUAGGCAAACGACGACGUCAGAGAUCGUCUUCGGGUGAGAAACUACGAUCGACUUCCAGUGAUCAGGUCGGACCGUCGUUAUUUGGCGACGUGGCUUUUCCCGAGUCUUAUUAUCCUUCUCUAAAGCCGCAAGAAGCGCAGAAAUCGAACGAGCUCGAGGAGGAGGCGUUGGACGCGUACCGCGAGAGGAAACGCACAAAAAAGAGAAAGAGGAAGCUCAAGAGAUUGGAAGAAGGAAAGAAGAAGCAUAGGAAACACAGGUCUUCUGAGGAGCAUCGCAAGCACAGGCAUAGGAAACACCGAAAGCAUAAGCACAAACAUCACGGCAGCCACAGCGAGGCCAGCUACGUCAGCGGAGAGAGUAGUUCGGCCGAACAAAAGAGCGAGGAGGAACUUGCCAAGGACUUGAUGAGUGCUAAUACCGGACACUACAUCAGCCAGGGAACGUCACCCAAGGAGACACACGCGAUUGUCUUGCCCCAGGUGAUAAGUCUCGAAAAUCUUCUGCCAACGGAGAUGACGUUUGUCAGACGGUCGUCCCACAGUAUAGAGAUCGAAGAGCCAUCGAACGAAACUGUCGAAGAGCCGAUAAACGAAGAGCCAGAAGAACAAUUGCAGAACAUAGAGCCUGAGGAACAGUUCUUGGGGCAAAUGAACACCGAACAAUUAUCCUCGGAGCAAUCGAGUACCGAACAACGAUCGUCCUCGGGGCAAUCGAGUAUCGAACGUUCGUCCUCGGGGGAAAUAAGUACAGAACAAUCGUCCUCGACGGAAAAGAGCACGGAACAAUCGUUCUUAGAGGAAAAGAGCACGGAGCAAUCGACGUCGGAGGGAGACUCCGAAAAACAGUCUCUCCAAGAGAUGGAGUCUGAAGAACAAUCUUCGGUCCAUGAGAUAGACGAACAGUCCGAUGGACAGUCAGUCCACGAGGACGAAAAGCAACCGGCUCAACAGACUCAACAACCUCUGCAACCUCUGCAACCGCCUCAACAACCAGAAGAACAGUCGUCCCGGAAGGCGGAGCUUGAAGAACAGUCGGCGGACGUAGAGUCCGAAGAACCGGCGUCUACCGUGGAAUCCUCGGAAUCGUGGGAACCCUCUUACGUGAAAAGGAAGAAGCAGAGGCGAGUGAAGAGGCAAACGUACAAGGGCAAGCUGCGCGAGAAAUCCGUGGAAAGCCGCAGUAAAAUGGCGCCCUUCUUGCCCGAGAAGCAACUGUGGAACUGGGCGGACGGGCCUUACAGACGAGUCGGGGCGAGGGGCAGAAUCAAGAAGCAAUUUCAUCGUGGGAUAGAGCGCAGCGACGAGACGAUAGAAAUCGGCGACAGCGCGGUCUUCUUAUCGACCAGCAGCGCGGACAGACCUUACAUCGGACAGAUCAUGUCCAUGUGGGAGACCUCGAACACUAACAUGAUCGUCAAAGUCAAAUGGUACUAUCACCCCGAGGAGAGGAAAGGCUCACCGGAAAAUCUCAAAUAUCCGGGUGGUCUGUUCGAGUCAAAUCACUUGGACGAGAACGACGUACAGACAAUCUCUCACAAGUGCGAGGUACUAUCGCUCGAUGAGUAUAUCAAGAGGCUAGGUAAGGAGCCGGAUCAAACCGUCUACGAGAAUAAGGAUGUCUACUAUCUGGCCGGCUCCUAUGAUCCCACGACAUGCCUGACGAGUCCGAAGCCCGGAGUUGUCUGAGAAAAGCUUAAGCUGACGAUUAAGUUAACCGGAGUUACUUAAUGCGCGGUCAGCCAACAAUUCUGCGAAAUCUCUCGACAUGACAACCGCCAUUGUGACGGCGGGCACAAUUUUUCAACGUCUUCCGGAGGAAGAUGAGUCUCGGAAGCUUCUGCUUUAGAGGCGUAGGCGACAUGUCGCGCUUGCAUUUUGAGAAAAAAACUUACGACGAGAGCGUGCAACGAUGAAGAACCGUUUUCUCACGCGUUUCAUGUGUCUUUAUUGCGAAAUGAUUGCUACUGAGAAAUCGGACGUCCACAAGGCACAAGCAUUACUUUAUUCGCGAGAUAUCUGCUGACGCGCUCGAGUUUAAGGACAACUUGCUUAUCGCCGUCGCGCGUUACGUUAUUGAUAUAAUUACUCACCGUGCACAGUUUCGAGAUGCCCUAAUUUUCACUGAUUGACAUUAAUAUAAUUUCAUUUCUCUUAUACCUUUUGUACGUAUGAUGUGACUGUAUGGAGGGCCUCUCCUUUCCACUGUGCUACGUGAAAAGUAACUAAAUAUUCGAGAGGAUAUAAGUAUGAAAGGUUAUAUAUAAAUUAUAUAUAUUAUACUUUUUAAGACACGAAUAAUAUAUGUAUGUAUGUAUAUAUACAUACAUGUACAUAUAUAUAACAGCAAUACAUACAUAUACAUGUAUAUACAUACAUACGUAUAUAAAUAAAUAAAUAAAUAUAUAUAUAUAUAUCGCUAAAUGCACGCGACAAAUUCGACAGCGACAUAGAUUGAUAAACUUCGUAGCCUGCAACUUUCGACCUCGACAACAGGCAAUACUUGUGCCUUGUUUAAAAAAUUCUCCCCCGUAAAAACGUAGUCCGAUUGCCGUUCCAAUUUUCAAAUUAUAAUUAUACUUACAACUUGCACGUAAGAGAGAAAGUGAGAAAGAGAGAGAGAGAUAAAGAGAAAGAUAGACAGCAAAAAAGGGGGAGAAGAAGAGAGAGCAAGAGAGGAAAAAAGAGAAAAUGCUAUGGAUCGAUGCAAUAAUCACACUAAGUGGCAUUAAACGAGGAAGUGAUCGCGAUAAGAAUUAAUUUGCUGUAUAUAUAUAUAUUGUAAAUACAGAAUGUCAAUAGAGAGCGUGUAUCUAAUAUUCGAUUACACGAACACACAUGUACACGUAUACACACACACGCGCGCGCAUCUCAUUAAACGAAUCGCAUCGCAAAAGUGAUGAGAUUCCAGUUUAUACAAUUUAAGUUUUAAGUCGUAAGUUAAUGGCCUGAUUGUAAUAAUAUUUCGAUGUUCGUAACAACAGACGAGCGCGAGAGCAAGAGAGAAAGAGAGAGAACGGGCGAGCGAGCGAAAAAGAGAAAAAGUAUACUAUUUUCAUGUUCGGAUAAUCCAUUUUUUAACUAUUAUUAAUGCGAGGUGCGUGCAUACGCAGUCGAUAAAACGAUAUCGAUAGUUUUAUUAGAACGAGACGAAGACGACACUCGGGUCACUGAUGCGGACGCAAAUUCACACGAAAUCUGAGGAUUUCGCUCGAUUCGUCGUGUAGUCGAAGACGGGAACGACGGGUAGUCACGUUUUACCGUGCGCUAAUCGAUAUCUCGACGCGUUUAUGUAACAGAUAUUUGCAUACUUCGCGACGCGGCCAGACGCCUCUGACCUGGAAUAUCGCGGAUGUAACGAGCGACGAACAACUAAUUCCAUUAACGCUCGUGAGAAAAUCAAUUAUUUAAAUAACAAGCCCGGAUAAAAAUGUUUGAGCGAAACGCGAAGAGAGCGGCCGAAGUGAGCGUAUUAAAACGUCCAACUAAUCGGCAAGCCGCAGCUUUUUCUCGACGUUGCUUAACGAGGUGCCGAAGUGUCGCAGAAAGAAAAAUUUGUCGGCUUGUCGAUAACAUCAGCGACGACGAGCGAUAUCCGCGAUCUCGGCGUAGACUCGACCGACACGGUGUCGAUUCGUCGAAAUUAGAGCUUAAUGUACAAUUUGACGCAAGGCUCGGGCCUAAGAAUACAGGUCGCGGUAUGUGUGUGUGUGCGUGUAUGUGUGAGAAAGAGAAUGAGAGAAUGUACUUAGAUUUUAAGAUCUUUACGCUUCCUCGUAUUGUUUUGCUUGUUUCGUUGCGUUCGUUUACACGAACGAAGUUGAAUUCGUUAUCUUGAACAUAUUAAUUCGUUAUCUUGAACACAUCAAUUCGUUAUCUUGAACACAUCAAUUCGUUAUCUUGAACACAUCAAUUCGUUAUCUUGAAUACAUUAAUUCGUUAUCUUCAACAUUAAUUCGUUAACUCGGGCAUUAAUUCGUUAACUCGAGCAUUAAUUUUUUCCGACACCGCGAAGAUUCUGAUACGUGCUAGGACGGUAAUGUCAAUAUAGCGUGAUGCAAGGUGCUGCAUUAAUUAAUUAUAAAUGAUUUCUACACUGAGAGAAGAGAAAGUAAUCACACACUGAAAGAGUUACAGUUAGAAGAUUUUUAGUGUGUGUUACUGCAGUGUGUUCGCGAGAAUAACUUUACACCCAUAUUGCUACGAAAAGAUAUCAAUUUCCGAAGACACACCUAACUUUGAACAUUCUUGCUGUUUUGGUCUUUAAAUACGGAUAUUCAUGCUUUGAACAUAGAAUAUACUUUCGAAUAUACGUUAAUAUGUAUUUGAAUAUAUAUUCAAUACAUAUAUAUAUAUAUAUAUAUUUUUUUUUUUUUUAUGUUAAAAGUUUAAAUAUUUAUAUUUAAAAAAUAUUAACAUUCAUAUUUAACGAAAAUGACUAUAAUUUCCGUGAAAUUAAUCUUUUUUUUCUCUCAGUAUAGAAAUGAGUCUGCUUUUUCAUUGGAGAACCACCGUGCGAUCAAUGGCGAGAACGCGAUACUUUAAUUUUAAUAAACUUCACAACGCAAUAUAGUUGCAAUCAUCGACCUAUAGUAUGGACUGUGCUAUCCCUUACUUUGUUUGUAUAUGAAACAGGGUCCAGAGAGUAAGUGGGAUAGCAAGUGGCCGCAACUACUUCUAUCUGAUGAAUCUGAUUGGCACUGACUCGAAAAGAUAGAUAUUGGCCGCGAAUUCGUGCUGUCCCACACUGAGACUUACUUUCGAUUUGCGUUGCGCAGUCCAUUCUAUAGGUCGAUAGUUGCAAUAGGAAAAUUCAUGCUCUGAAAAUUGCUGAAAGACAAAGGCCCUUUCUGUCGCUUAUUUAUCGAUAGAAAUGUGUCUAAAAAUGACUUAUUGUCGAUCAGGAGACUCAUGAGUCACUUUUAGAGGCACUUGCAUCA